AUGGACGAGGUUCUUGAGACCCCGGAGCUGCUGGAGCACAUUCUGGCGCAGCUCCCAAUGAGAGACCUCCUGCUCGCGCAGCACGUGUGCAGGCGCUUCAACAGUAUUAUCGCCUCAUCGCCCACACUCCAGCAGGCUCUCUUCUUCCGGCCGCGCCCCGCAACGGCUACUCCAAAGCCGUCGUCGAUCAAGCUGCUCCACUACCCUGGCGAUGAGCCCGUCGCCGAAACGUGGGAGCGGAACCCCCUUCUCGCCUCGGCCUUUUGGCCUUGGUUCGACCGCAGCACUCCGAAAUCGAGGUUUUCAGCCCCCUUCUGGGAUCCUGAUAUCUUCUCGACGCUGCCUCUGGCUGACGAGCAAACACGCUUCGCUUUUCUGCGUCCCGAGGCUUCCUGGCGGCGCAUGCUGUUGACGCAGCCCGCCGUCGCCGCCCUCGACAUCAUGCUUGUCAGCCACUCGGCGCUUCGCGGCACCAUUGAUGAUGCGAGCCUCUGUCUCGGCAGCGGCCUUCGGAUGGGCGUGCUGUACGAUGUCACGUGCCAAGAGAUACUGGGCUCCCGUUACCGCGCCAAGCGACGUUUCCGCGUGCAGUGGCACGGCGCCGAUAGGAGAAUUGUGCUGAACAUUGCCAGGAAGGGCCUCGAGUGGCGAAAGCGGGACACGGACUGGAGAAUAGUGCCUGAUGAGGUUCUCCUGGCGGGCGACUAUGAGGUUGAGGAGUAG